UCUCCUGCAGUUGACUUUCUGAUUGACUAACCACUGGACAACUACAGCAGCUUGAGAACAAAACCUUAACCUGGACAGCAGUCGGGACAAAUUCAGUUUUAAAUUAAAACUGAUUUGUGUAAGGUGUUCAGUACAAGAUCCAGAUUGCUGACGAGUGCAGAAUGGAGAUGAGUCGUGGCAUACUCACUCAAUCAGAUGCAGACAUUUAUAUGAAAGAGGACAAAGUGGAGACUCUCUGGAAAAGAAGCAACUGGGAAAAUAUGAAAUCAGGUGGAAAGACUACAAGAGGCAGAUGUUACAGACUGACUGCAGUGUGUUUGCUGCUGCUGUGUGUUCUCCUGCUGACUGCUGUCACAGUGAUAUGGACCAAAUACAACACCAUGACUACAGAGAGAGACCAGAUACAGAUCAGUUACAAUAACCUGACUAAAGAGAGAGACCAGUUACAGAAACAAAAAGACGGAUUUCAGAAGAUGUUGAAUAAUUUGGAUUCACUUUUCAGUAAGGGGUGGCAAUAUUUCAACUCUCAUAUUUACUACAUCUCUACUGAGGAAAAAAACUGGGAUAAGAGCAGACAGGACUGCAGAAAGAGAGGAGCAGACCUGGUGAUCAUUAACAGCAAAGAGGAACAGGAGUUUAUCGCGAAACAGCUGGGCAGCAAACGGGCUUGGAUUGGUCUAAGAGACAGAGACACAGAGGGGGUGUGGAAAUGGGUGGAUAAUACACUACUGACCACUGCGUACUGGGAUGAGGGGGAACCGAAUAAUGAUGAAGAUCAUGAGGACUGUGCAGAGAUUAUGGGUUUUCCAAAAACUAAGCUCUGGAAUGACAGGAAAUGCUCAGAUACUGAAUUAUGGAUCUGUGAGAAAAGUUAUUUUUAGGCUCUUUUUUUCAAUAAGAGCUGACUUCCAAUGACACCAACUGAAAAAUGCUUUAGACAUGCAUAACCUUUUAGAAAAAUGCUAGCUUUAGACAUGCUUGAGCUGGGAAUUUAAGUUGCAGAAUUGUUUGUGUAAUGCUUUGUGUAUAUCAUCUUGUAUUAAAAUUAAGAUUUUAUUUCUACUUGGUUUUUGACAAAAAAUGUAAAUUUCUACAAAUAAA